UGCAAAUGAGGCCGCGUGUGUUUCCUUUCCGACUGUUUGUAGUCUGUCAAAUGUCGUGACGUCACGUCUGGAGUCGCAGUGUAACAUGUAACUUUACUACAGUCAUCUACAUGUGCGAGAGACUCCAGACCAACACGAAACCCAGCAUGGGAUUAUUAAACACAGCGGGAAGUCAACAAAGUACGAGAAGAAACAACAUCAAAGGCUCGAUCUGACCAACUUCUGAGGGGGAAAGGGACAUUUUGGACCGUGUGUUCCGGGUUUUCGCGCUGACACCAUCGUUGUUUUGUCAACCAAAGUGACGCUUGUAGAAAGUUGGAGUGUUGCGUUUGCGUUCACGCAUGGACUCGUUUGUUUUUUUCAUAAUUUCAUAGACGAAAAGUAGAGCUGAGGUCUCUAAUGCGAUGACGACCAACUAUAGAGAGGAACUGGACUUCAGACUGAUGUUCGGGGAGAGCAGUUACACUCAUCCGUCCUCGCUGGGCCACACAGAAUCCAGAUCGGAUGAGGAUGCCAACUGCUACCCUCUCUUUCCUCCUGGUCCCCCAGAACAGCAGGACAGCUGUGCAAACCAGUCUUAUGGCACCCCUCACUCUGGUUCCAACCAACCCAUGGAGUCUCCCAGUAGGGUAUUUGACUGCCCUAGCAUCCAAAUCACCUCUAUCCCAGCCAACUGCCACCAGGACCUGGGCGCCCACCAGUUGGACGAGUUGGCAGGUGCAUGUGGGGAAGCCAGUGCUGUGUCUCUAUCAAGGGACCAGCUCUUUCUGCCAUUGGAUGCUUCGUACAGGGACACAUCCUCGCUGUGUCCCAGCCCAUGCAGUAGUUUGUCCUCCCGCAGCUGGUUGUCUGACGCCUCGUCCUGCGAAUCCUUCUCGCACAUCUACGAUGAUGUGGAGGCAGAACUGAAUGAGGCGGCUGCUCAAGUUCGGCUGGCUUCUCCUCGAGUGUCGCCAUUGACGUCUCCUCUGCCGUCCCCACUUACUUCCCCCCAGGCAUCUCCUCAAGUGUCUCCACUUGUGUCCCCCUUUGGUUCUCCAGGAUAUGGAGAUGACCCUUGGUACCGUUACCAACAACAGCAUUACCAGCAACCUCUACAAUAUCAUUACCCCCAAUCACUGUCGCCAUAUCAGUCACCCCGCACCAGUAUCACUGAGGAAACUUGGCUCAUUCCCCGUCCACACUCUUCAUCUUCACGACCCUCUUCUCGGCCAACCUCGCCAUGUGGAAAAAGGCGGCAUUCCAGUGCAGAGGUCAAUCCCGGUUUGGCAUCUCCACACCUUUCCCCCAACGUAACACCAUCUCACUCUCCUCGGGGUAGUGUCACUGAGGAGACAUGGUUGGGAGGUGCCACAUUUGCUCCCUACCAGACCCCUCCACUGGAGGUGGACAUCCCAUCCAAAACAAGAAGAACGUAUCAGACCAACCACAACCAGGAUCAAGUGGCUCUGUUGCCUGGACAGGAGGACUCAAGUCUUCAAGACCCAAGCCUUGCAAAUCCAUCGCUAAACUCGGGCAUAGCCGUGUCCCUCCCCAGUUUAAAGAAAGAGGAUAUAGUGGAACAUUUCUUAGCUGUCCCAACGCCCUUCCCUUGGGUUAAACCCAAACAAGUUGGCACUCCUUUAUACAGGUCCACAUCUUUACCUCCACUAGACUGCCCUCUGCCCAGUCAGUGUGGCCAAUGUGAGUUAAAGAUGGAGAUCCAACCUAAACCUCACCACAGAGCCCAUUAUGAGACGGAGGGCAGUCGAGGGGCCAUUAAAUCGGAAUGCGGAAGACACCCUGUUGUAAAGCUAAUAGGGUUUAAUGAAAAACCCGUCAGCCUGCAGAUGUUCAUCGGGACCGCGGAUGAGCGCUACAUCAGGCCGCACCCAUUCUAUCAAGUGCACAGGAUCACUGGGAAAACCGUAGCAACGCCGAGUCAAGAGACAGUGAUAUCCAGCACUAAAGUUCUUGAAAUUCCUCUUCUACCUGAAAACAAUAUGUGUGCCAGCAUUGACUGUGCUGGGAUCCUGAAGCUACGGAAUUCAGACAUCGAGUUGCGGAAGGGAGAGACUGACAUUGGGCGUAAAAACACACGUGUGCGUGCUGUGUUUCGUGUUCACAUCCCUCAACACAAUGGAAAAGUGCUGUCACUGCAAGUGGCGUCCAUGCCUAUAGAAUGCUCGCAACGAUUAGCUCAGGAACUUCCUCAAAUCGAGAACUUCAGUCCUGCCUGUGGUUCUGUGAAUGGAGGAGAAGAGAUGCUUAUAACAGGCCAAAACAUCAAUCCAGAAUCAACAGUUGUCUUCCUAGAAAAGAGCUCUGAUGGUAAAACACAAUGGGAGGUUGAUGUGAGGGCUUUACAAGAAAAGAGUCAAAAUACAAGCAUAGUGGUAAAGAUCCCUCCAUACUACAAGAAAACCACGGCUUCCUCCACCCAGGUGCAGUUCUAUGUUAGCAAUGGCAAGAGGAAGAGAUGUGCCUUACAGUUCUUCACUUAUCUUUCAGCACAGGUCAAGCAGGAGUUUAGCAUAAGAACGGAUCUUAACACCAAUGAACUUGCAGGGCAGCAUCCUACCACCUCCCCAGCAGGUCUCAUUACUACUUUAGACCCAGUUGAUUCGGAUGAGGUCCGACCUCUUGAGCAGUGGCUGCUGUCUGCAGGAACAGUCUGUGCUCCAUCGUCAACCCAUCUCAGUUACUCACCUCAGGAUCCUUUGUAUCUAAGCCACUCUCAUCCAGCAGACAGAAGCCCUAAUGCUGGAGCAGAAGUCCACCAUAUGUUCCACCCUUCAUUGGUGGAUUUCAACAACUCCUUGUACCAAAAACCUCAACAGGAUCUGUCUUACAAAGGACAAUCUAGUCUUCCGAUGACUGGUGGUUCACUCCAAGGCUCCAAGUCAUCCCAAAUCUUAGCAGAGCAACCAAUGUCUCAACCAGGCAAAGCAUACCAAGGCAUACCUGCAGAACACAGUCAAAAUCUCCACAACCUUGGCCCUGUCUCUGUGUCCAAUACAUCUGGUCUGCAAUUCCCACAGUCCUCAUCUUCCCAGGUGCCUCCUCUUUCCCACCCGUCAACUCUUGCCAAAGUGCCUUCUAACUCUAUCAGAGAGAGCUUGAUGGACCCUCAACCUUUAGGUGCAUCUCUCCAGGAGUCCAGCAAAAGUUACAGGAUGUCACAAGGUGGAGAACGUCUUAACAUUAAACAGGAGCCACAAGAAAACAAAGAGCUAGCCUUUCGGUCCAUAGGCCUACAGGACAUCACGCUUGAUGAUGUAAGUGAAAUCAUUGUAAGAGACUUGUUCGACACUCCAGAUUCAGGGAAUGCCAACAGUGUGCCGUAACACCGCUCCUGGACAGAGUGUCCCAUCGAUUAGAAGAUCAAUGGAAAUGAAGCAUCUUCCAUAGGACUUCAGUACUGCUAUUGUACUGAUAAUUAGAGAAUUGGACAUCUCAUUGUAACUGUUUUGGUCUCAGCAUCUUGCAUUACUGCACAUGUAGAAAUGAUUUUCUAUGAGUAAUACCAUGUACAUAAAGUUUUCAGCCUAAUAGAGGAUGCAUUUAAUCAUUUUUUUUUUUUUUUUUUU